UUUUCCGUUUACAUAGAAAAGAAAAAGAAAACCGAAAGAAAAGCAGUGAGACAAAAGUAACCCUCCAAAUCCGAAUCCGAAUCGAAUCAAUUCCUAAACCCUCUCUAUUGUAACUUCCUCAUUUACUCUCUCUCUCACACACAAUCACACAGAGUAAGAGAGAAAUGGAGGCGGCGAAACUGAACCAGUUGAAGCAAUUCAUCGAGCAGUGCAAGUCCAAUCCCUCCCUUCUCAACGAUCCUUCUCUCUCUUUCUUCCGCGACUACCUCGACAGUCUCGGCGCUAAGAUUCCUUCCUCUGCGGAUGACCACAGCGACUCCAAAUCUAGGAGCUAUGUGGUGGAGGAGAGCGACGAGGACAUGGAUGCCGGGAAAGGAAAUGCCGACGAUGAGGCAGACGAGGAGGACGAGAUAAUCGAGUCUGAUGUUGAGCUUGAGGGCGAGAUUGUUGAGGCUGACAAUGAUCCUGCACAAAAGAUGGGAGAUCCAUCGAUCGAGGUCACUGAAGAGAGCCGCGAUGCCUCGCAGUUAGCUAAGGCCAAAGCCAUGGAAGCCAUUUCUGAAGGUAAGUUGGAGGAAGCGAUUGAGAAUCUCACAGAGGCGAUUUUGCUCAAUCCGACUUCAGCUAUUAUGUAUGGGACGAGAGCUAGUGUCUAUAUCAAGAUGAAGAAACCAAAUGCAGCUAUACGAGAUGCCAAUGCAGCUUUGGAGAUUAACCCAGAUUCUGCUAAAGGCUACAAGUCCCGUGGCAUUGCACGAUCAAUGCUUGGUCAUUGGGAAGAGGCUGCUAAGGAUCUUCACCUAGCAUCAACAAUAGAUUACGAUGAUGAAAUCAAAGCUGUUCUUAAGAAGGUUGAACCAAAUGCACACAGGAUUGAGGAACACCGUCGGAAGUAUGAAAGGCUGCACAAGGAAAGAGAGGAGAGAAAGAUUGAACGUGAAAGACAACGUCGUCGUGCUGAAGCUCAGGCUGCAUAUGAGAAGGCCAAGAAGCAAGAGCAGUCAUCUUCCAGUAAACCUGGAGGCAUGCCAGGCGGGUUUCCAGGUGGGAUGCCUGGAGGCUUCCCCGGAGGUAUGCCUGGAGGCAUGCCUGGAGGCUUUCCAGGAGGCAUGCCUGGAGGUUUCCCAGGUGGCAUGCCUGGAGGCAUGCCUGGUGGUGUGCCUGGAAAUGUUGAUUUUAGCAAAAUAUUGAAUGACCCUGAACUGAUGGCAGCAUUUAGUGAUCCAGAAGUCAUGGCUGCUCUUCAAGAUGUAAUGAAGGACCCUGCUAAUCUUGCGAAGCAUCAAGCAAAUCCCAAGGUGGCUCCUGUAAUUGCAAAGAUGAUGAACAAAUUUGGAGGACCAAAGUGAAAGAUUUUUUACUAUUGGGGGAUGAUGUAUGUGGAUGAUCAGGUUUCUGUAAUUUAACGUGUUAACACUUAGGUGAAAUCAUGAAUAAUAAAAUUUGGUGGUUUUUGGAUUUAAAAAAAAAUGGUUUAAUAGAAUGUUGAUUUUGAUGA